AUGGCGACUUAUUUGACUCCUAGUUGCCUCCACGAGUCGGUGCUUAUUACUGAUCAAACGGUGGUUCUUGAUCGACUCCAUAUUGCCGAGGGAGCCUCAUUCGAUUCCUACGCUCAAGAACACAAUCGAUACUGCUUACCGAACACACGAGUCGAAUUGCUCGAGCAGAUUGCGGGAUGGGCCACAAACCUAAGCGCAGAGCCGAUAUUUUGGUUAAAUGGAAUGGCCGGGACGGGAAAGUCGACAAUCUCUCGCACCGUGGCCAGGUCAUUUGCAGAUAGAGGUCAACUUGGCGCCUCAUUCUUCUUCAAGAAGGGCGAAACUGAUCGAGGAAGUCUGUCCAAGUUCUUCAUGACUAUUGCGGCUGAUUUGGUUGUAAAGCGGCCAUCAACUGCUCCUCAUAUUAAAGCGGCUCUCAUUGCCGACCGUUCAAUUACAUCAAGGAAUGCCACGGAGCAGUUUCAGAAGUUUCUACUAGAGCCGCUGUCGAAAAGCGACGUGGCGGAAGAACCCGUCGCUAUUGUCAUCGAUGCACUAGACGAGUGCGAGCAGGAAGAUGACAUCAAGCGCCUUCUUUACCUUAUUUCUCGGUUUGAGACUGAACUGCCGGACCGUGUCAGGAUAUUCAUGACUAGUCGACCGGAGGAGCCGUUUCGUUCUCAGUUUGACAAAAUUAAGAGGAAAAGUUCUCGCGUCAUUUUACAUGAGAUACCUAAGCCUGUGGUUGAGCAUGAUAUCAAUGUUUUUCUGAGAUACGAGCUAUCUGGAAUUCGGGCAGAGUUUAAUAGUCUGGUACCAACAGACCGCCACCUCGCCCUGGAUUGGCCUGGCCAAUCCAGUUUCGACAGACUUGCGAAGAUGGCUAUCCCGCUCUUUAUUGUUGCUGCCACUAUUUGCCGUUUUAUUUGUGAUAGAAGAAUUGCAACACCCGGGAAGCAGCUGGAGAAGGUGCUUUCUCGAUCUGUUGACGGCCUGCGACAACUUGAGACCACGUACCUGUCUGUCUUGGAAAACCUUACAGUCGGAGUAUCAGUGAGUCAACAAGAACAUAUUAUCCAAGAGUUCCGCCACAUUGUUGGAUGUAUCAUUCUCCUCGCAAAACUUUACAGUCACAAGUUAAGGAAAGUGCUAGCCUCGAAAUCUCACUUUUUCUCGAAGAUGCGAUUCGAUUCAUGCAGACAUAUAUGUCUACAAUUAGCUCAACCCCGCUUCAGCUGUAUUCCUCGCUGCUUAUUUUUACACCGAAACGAAGCAAAAUGA